ACAGCGCUUACCCGAGAGCUCGUUACUACAUUCAUUUGCCCUCAAAGGCUCAUCCUCUUUUUUUAUUUUAGGGGAGAAUGGUAUGAAGUUGGCGUCUUUGAGACCGAUUCCCACGGACGGCUGUCAUUAUCAUUAGGGACUUCAUUACCAUGUGGAAUUCACUCAGUAAAAAUGGUUGUGCAUGGCGAUCGUUCUUACUUGGACUCAUUUGUGGCAGUUGUACCUUCUACCACUCGAUGCGUAGUCUUCUCUGUAGAUGGCUCUCUCACAGCAUCGGUGUCCGUGACUGGCAGAGAUCCUCGCGUUCGCCCAGGAGCUGUAGAUACUGGUUUCGUGAUUCUUUACCUCACUGCACGUCCGGAUAUGCAACAAAGGGUAGUGUCGGCAUGGUUGGCACAACACUGCUUCCCACAUGGUCUCCUGUUAUUCAAUCCAUCAUUUUCAACCGAUCCCUUAAAGCAGAAAUCACUUCAUCUGAAACACAUCGUGGAUAUGGGAAUCAAGGUGCAUGCUGCAUAUGGGAGUAGCAAGGAUGUAGCAGUUUAUUGUGGCGCAGGGGUGGAGCAAAACAGAAUAGUGUCUGUUGCAGGAAGUAGGCGAAGAAAUUGUACAUUUAUAGGUAAUUAUAAAUUAUUAUCUAUUUUUUGGCACGAUAAUUUAUCUCUACUAUAA